AUGAUAAAUCUUGCCUACCAAACGUUCCAUAAUUACUGCAACUCCCCGAAAUCCUCAUUCCAGAUCGCAUCCUUUGAUGGAAUAUCAGCAAUCGCGAUCAAUCAUCCAGACUUUUUUGAUACAGUUGAUGUUAGUACUCCGAUUGUCGAAGCUUACGAUAAAAUCAAGAGUGUUGAUGACACUGUUGCUAUUGCUGCCCUCGCUUUGAUCGGUUCUCUUUUGGGAACAGGAAAUGAUUUAAUUAUUGGAUCAAUUUUCUCAAUGUUCGAUUGGAGCAUCCUUACAGAAAUAUGGAAUAUCUCAUCUAGUGACCAAAAACAAAUUAUUUGCGAGUUUAUCAACACAGCAAUUAACGCAUCUCCAAUUGAACUUUCGAACGCACUUACUAACGGAGUAUUUUCGACAUUACUUUGCGAUUUCCCAUCUACAGAUUGCAAUCUAAAGGCAGAAUCGCUCUUACCCGUGAUUUCUGCCACAAAUAUUGAUCCGAAUGCAAUGCUACCAAUAAUCAUUGAAAACGGCCUUAUAAAAGUUGCAGGAUCAAUGAUGGAAGCUAUCGAUGAUAGAUACAUUCAAUGCGGACUUCAACUUAUCGCUGCAUUGAUGAAUGCUAAUUUUAAUAACCAUGAACUUCAGGAACUGGUCAAACGCGAUAUCACAGACAAUAGCAUUGAGUCUGAUGUUGAAGCUCUCGCAUCUGGAACUCAAUACGCAGAUAUCGCUUCCGAAGUUUCAACAGAACUUAACCAUUUUAUGGAAGAAGAAUAG